AUGUCCAGUCUGGGGCUCCUCAGUACAUGGGAAAACAUUGAUGUAGUGGAGCACGUGACAAAAGAGGAGAGAUUGAAGGAAGCGUGUUUGUUCCAGCUCAAGACAAGACCAGUGGCAGAGUUUACUGCAGUCUACAACUACCCAGCUAAUGGGCAGAUAACUACUCUUAUUAAUCACAAGGACAAACCAAAGCGUUCAGACAAGACUCUGCAAGCAAUUCAGCGAGUGGGCCAAGCAGUUAACCUGGCAGUUGCAAGAUUUGUUACAGUAGGUGAAACUAUUGCCAACGAAAAUCGUGAAUUGAAGGAGGAAAUGAGUGUUGCUUGCAUCGAGGCAAGGAGAGCAGGUGAAACAAUUGCACAGCUUACGGACGUGGCAAGUUUGGACCAUCCAGAAUCUGAUAGCCACAUAACAAUCUUUACAGACAAAACCGGUGUGGUAAAAGCUGCAAGGUCAUUGCUUGCUUCUGUCACGAAGGUGCUGGUGUUAGCGGACAGAAUUGUUAUUAAACAGAUUAUAACUUCCAGAAACAAGGUUCUUGCAACAAUGGAACAACUAGAAAAAGUCAGUAGUUUCCAAGAGUUUGUACAAAUAUUCAGCCAGUUUGGAAACGAAAUGGUAGAGUUUGCCCAUUUAACUGGAGACCGUCAAAAUGAUUUGAAGGACGAGAAAAAAAAGGCUAGAAUGGCAGCAUCUAGGGCUGUUCUUGAGAAGUGCACCAUGAUGCUCCUGACUGCUUCAAAGACUUGUCUGAGGCAUCCAGACUGUGAAUCGGCUCGUAUAAACAAAGAUGGAGUUUUUCAUCGGAUGAGAUUAGCUUUGGAACAGGUAAUAGAAAUUGUAACUGACUCUAGACCAAACGGAGAAAAUGAAAUGGCUCCCAUCAGUAUAUAUUCUGGCAUCAAAGAAUUCAAGAAUAAGGUGGAGGGUCUUCGUGAGAAUCUUUAUUUUCUCUCAAAAGAGAAUCUUUCAACGAUGCUGGAAGUUAUCCUGGAACAUACAGAGGACUUCACAGACUCUGCCUAUACCAGCCAUGAGCACAGAGAACACAUUUUGGAGCUGUCUAAACAGGCUAAAAUGGAACUAGAGCAGCUGGUUUCAGUGUGGAUGCAAGCUCAAAACCAGAAGACAAAGGAUCUCAUGGAGGACUUGGAAGUAGCCAUUUUGAAAACAUGCCAGUGCAUGAAUGAACUUAAAAGAGAGGUCCACAGUGCAGCAACAUCUCUAGCAGCAGAUCUACUAAAAUACCAUACGGAUCAUAUGGUUCUCAAAGCAUUAAAAAUCACAGGAGUAGAGGGAAAUCUUGAAGCUGUAGCAGAAUAUACUUGCAAGCUGUCAGAGCAGAAGGAACAACUUGUUGAGAUGUGUCGCUUGUUGAGGCACGUUUCUGGAACCGAGCCCCUCGAGAUUACUUGUAUGCAUGCGGAAGACACUUUUCAGGUCACUGGCCCACAGAUAAUUUCCGCUGCAGAAACACUGGCAUUACAUCCCUCUAGCAAGAUUGCAAAAGAAAAUCUUGAGGUGUUUUGUGAGGCCUGGGAGUCUCAGCUGAGUGACAUGUCUAUGUUGCUAAGAGAAAUCAAUGACGUGUUUGAAGGAAGAAGAGGAGAGAAGCGUAUCUACCUGUCACUGCCCAGACCGGGGAAGCAUAAUGCAAAUCUGAAGCCAUUAAAGCCGGUCAAACUAGACACUGAGGAGCAGGCGAAAAUUGCAAAACUUGGGUUAGAAUUGCAUCUGCUCACAUCCGAUGUGGAUUCUGAGAUGGAGAAAUGGGAGGAUCAAGAGAACGAGGUUGUGCAGCGCGGACAAGGCAUGUCAAGUAUGGCCUACUCCAUGUAUUUAUUCACCAGAGGAGAAGGACUUCUGAAAACUACUCAAGACUUAUUUCAUCAAGCAGAGAUUUUUGCUACAGAGGGCACAAAGCUUGCUUCAGCUCUUCAUGCCUUUUCUGAUCAGGUACACGACGAUGACAAACCUUUGCUUCUAUUGGAGGCUGAAAAACUGAUCUCUCUGUGCAAGCAGCUCCAGAUAACAGCUAAAGCUUCCGUUCAGGGUAAAAGUGCUACAUUUGCAAAG